AUGAUGAACGUGGAACUUGGCGAGCAGAAGAAGGCUGGGGCAGAACGUACCCACCUGUUACAGAAUGAGAAAGAUGCAACAACGUACGGGAACACGUCGAAAGGCAAUGCUCCUGAACUCUCUCCAGCCGACGAAUUCUUUCAUAACUACAUCCUGGAGAUCACCGGCGGCAUAACAGAACUGGGAGGCUUCACCUGGCCAGUGAUGGCAGCUACUGUUUUUAUCUGGGUGUUCGUCUUCCUCUGUGUCUUCAAGGGCAUCAAGGUCUUCGGCAAGGUGGUUUGGUUCACGGCGACAUUCCCCUUCGUGAUGCUGUUUGUAAUGCUCAUCCGAGGCCUCACGCUGCCCGGGGCCUGGAAUGGCAUAUACUUCUAUAUCUACCCAGACUUCGAGAAGCUGAAGGAUCUGAGGGUAUGGGCAGCGGCAGCAGGCCAGAUUUUCUACUCCCUGGGGCCAGGAUGGGGCAUCCUUACCACGCUGGGGUCCUACAACAAGUUCCGCUAUAGAUGCCAGCGAGAUGCCAUCUUCGUGCCUGUCCUCAAUUGUGCCACCUCCAUCUUGGCUGGUUUCGUCGUCUUCUCCGUGCUGGGCUUCAUUGCUCAUCGCAGCGGUGUCUCUGUACAAGAUGUUACAUCAGCUGGUCCUGCCUUAGUGUUCAUCACGUACCCAGAGGCCCUGUCUCUCAUGCCAUUCGCUCCAUUUUGGGCCGUCUUGUUUUUUCUCACCAUAUUCUUCUUGGGCAUUGACUCCCUGAUCGCUCACAUUGAGACUACAACUAUGUCACUGGUGGACAAGUAUCGUGUGUUUGGUAGAUACCGAGGCUUGGUGACCCUGGCUGUGUGUGUGCUGGCAGCACUGGCCUCCCUUAUCUUCUGUACCAGAGGCGGAAUCUACUGGCUGACGCUGGUGGACUGGUACAGCGCCUCCUUCACGCUCGUCCUCAACUCCCUCUGCGAGGUCCUGGUCUUCAGCUUCAUAUAUGGUGCUGGCAGGACGGUGCGUGAUCUGCAGAUGAUGACCUCUGAGAGAAUUGGUUACUACUGGUAUGCUGUCUGGCUCCUGGUCACCCCCCUCGUUCUGCUGCUGAUCUUCAUCAACAUCAUGGUGAGCAACGCUCCUGCCAGCUACAGAGGGGAGGUGUUCCCUGGCUGGGUGCAGGCUCUAGGCUGGUUCUCUGCCCUUGUCUCCAUAGUUGGUCCUGCCUAUUUCGUGUACUACAUCACCUGCGCAUCCAGGGGCACCCUCACGCAGCGUGUGUCUACUGGGCUGCAACCGUCGAAGAGGUGGGGCCCUUUGGAGGAGAGCUACAGGAAGGAGUGGGAGGUCUUCUGCCUCCAGCAUCCCCUCCGUCACCGCCUCCUCCACCCAGACCUCACAUUACAUCGUCCCAUGCACCAGAGAAAGGAAACACCUUGCUGCCCUGUCAAGCAACACCUGAGUCUGCCGCUCCUGGAGUUGUCUUCGACCAAGGUCGCUGAAGUUUGAGGUUGUUGGCAAGGAAUCACGGUCAUGUGUUUUUCAAUACUGCCAGCAAGCAAUGUCCUCAAUGUUAAAUAAACAAUAUAUUCACGAGGAAGCUUUAUUUCCUCAAGAAGUCAUAAGGCUCCUGGGGAAUGAGAGGUAAUCAGAUUUGAUCCAAAGAGGAAGAUAGCUUUAAUUCCUUGGAACAAGGGCCCUUCACCAGUAUUAAAGGUACCCUCUCUCCUCUUUAAAGAAAAAGCUAGGACUGCAAAUAAUCAUUGCUUUGUCUAUGAUCGAUAUAUGGGUCUCAAAUUGAAAACAUUUCUUUAAUUUUAUUUAGUAUGAUUCCUUCUCUCCUUGUCAGUAGGAGUCUGGUGAUUCUACACAUCCACUGGUAUACUAUUCUACGUUGUCUUAGGAUAUCAUUUAGUAGAUCUUAUGAUAAAUAUUGUCUUGUAAUUUUCAGAAAUAAAAGAAUUAGGAUGAGUUGUAAAUAUUAAUUCUGCCAUUUCCUGUUGAAACUUCCAGUUAAUAAGCGAGUGUUUUUUUUAUGCAUCCCUUUUAAAUAUUACUUAAAAAAUAAGUGUGUGUGUGUCUACAUAACCUUACCCUCAAGGGAGGUUCCAUGGCGCUGGUGAGGGAACUGGAUCUGUGUUCCAGUUCCCUGAAUUAGCAUGAAUACCUUCCAUCCCCCCUCCACAUACGCUGUAUAAUCCUACGGGUUUAGCGCUCCCCAUGAUUAUAAUAAUAAUAUACAUAUCCUUGAUAAAAGACAUGCCCCUCGGGGGUAUAUACCCUCCUUGUGUCUGCUAGGUUUGUUGUUUA